AUGGAGAGCUCUAAUUUUCAGGGAACCGAACAUGUGGAGGUGAAAAUUUACCUCAUCGGCGUGUUUGCAACGUUCAUUGCCAUUCUCUCCAUCAUCUUCAACACAUUCUUUACAAUUGUAUUCCUGACCAACCGAUCUAUAAGGAAAUCCUCUGUGUUUUAUUUUGGAAUUCUUGCAGUGAUUGACACAAUAAUGGCAGUGAAUUACAUUGCAGUUAUGUCAAUACCGGUGUACAUGGACUACUACCACUUUCUGCCAAUCUACCAUCUAUUCCUUUCGUACUUUCGUAUCGUGCUCACCGAAAGCAACUGUGCCAUGUUCUCAUCGAUGCUGCUCAUCGUGCUUGCUACCACUGAACGACUUCUCAGAACAUUUCAUGGGGACACCAUACUGAGAGCAAGGAAGUGA